AUGUUUGAAUCACCCAUUGGAAGCGAGAAAGGAACCUCAGAUCUCGAGGGAACCCCUCGAAAUCGGUCUCAAAAUGUAACUAUCGGCCUCUUGCCACCAAGAUCAGCAAGUGUUAGCAUUGCACCGGACCUAGUCCGACAAGACUCUGCGUACUACUCUACCAAAAAUUCGGAGGAUGGGAACUCGGGCAUGGAUUCUGAUGGACAGGCAUCGCAGCUGAGAGCUCGAGAACGUCUGGAGAGACUCAGGCAGAGAGUUUUCAGGACUCGAAACCUCGUCAGGAGUGGCAAAAGCAACUUGCGGCAGCUCCGAGGGAACUUUCUUGAUGCGGCAGACCGACUGACUCGGAAGCUUGGUGAGGUCACGAUUUUGCAAAAUAUUGAGGCUUUGAGAAGGAUUACAUCGUGUAACGAGAAGCUGCGCCUAGCCCUGGGUGAACUGCGUCUGAAAGAGGAGGAACAUGACCGCCUGGAAGGCAGGCUUAACGACGAAGAAAACGAUCUCGAGCAAGAAGAGAAUCGAUUCUACCGCCAUACCAAUGUUUCUGCAACCAGAGUACCAGAACAAAAACUAGAUGAUACGAUGUCUCUACUUCUCAAGCCGGACACUGAUGACUCUCGGGAUCUCAAUCCCGACAGUGAUCUGUUAGAACGGUAUCUAGCAAAAGUUACAGAAGCGGACGAGUUGAAAAGAGAAUUGGACAAACUUCAAGAUGACUACUGUCGACUUUCCAAGGAUGACUCCUUCCGGAGAUCACACAAUAUUCCCAUCCCUACCAAUACCAUAACCUUCCUCUCUGAUUUUCCAAGACUUCAUAAGGAAACUGUCGAGAAACUCGGCGUAGUGGAGCAUGAGCUUUUCGAUCUCCGAAAAGAAUGUCUGGAGGAGAACGUCUUCACUGAAAAUGACCACGUCUAUGAACCACGAAACGCACUAUAUGAGGAAGUCAUGGACUCCGUGGACGAAGCACGCAUUCGAUCUCCGCUCUUUGUAGCAGCUCGGCACCUGAACUAUCAGGAACACGACACGAACUACAGUGACAAGAGGGACUAUGUGAACAAUUGGCUCCUCCAAUGGCUUCAGGAAUCUGUUUUCGAGACGUGCAGGCUGCGAGCAUAUAUAUACUUCGAAUAUCCAAACAAAGGUGAGGGCCUUGAUGGCGAAUGGCCAGAGUUGGCUUUGAUAAAUUGGGACAAAGAUGAUGCUGGAGCAACUGCGACAGAGAGCUAUAACGCGAGUAAAAUGGAUAUCAUUUCGGGAGACACGACAGUACACGAACCAGUAACAAUCCAAAAAAUGGCCCCUUCAAGCAACCCUAGCAGCUUGGGUAGCUUGGAUGUUGAUCUUGGUGUUGGUGAUGAAGCAAAGGCUGAAGCAGAAAUUAUCAACAGGGAAACGGAUUCUUGUACUACUCAAAAAGAAUUUCGAGCAAAGAGACCCUCAAAACGGAGGUCGAAUACUCUUUGA